AUGUAUGUGUGCAACGUUUGUGUGUGAUUUACAUGUACAUGUGUAAAUGAGUGUAGUUCUAUGUGUCGAAAAUACAUACUAUAAAUUAUUAAAGCGUUUUAAACAGCAAAUUUUACCUCCGUUGUGUUUAUUUAUUAUUUUUUGCUAACAAAGAAAGCUGAAUUCGGCAGCAAAUGUCAGGCGUGGAUCAGAAAAUAUCCGGAACUGCAGCAAAAUCCGUUGAGGAGCGUAAUAUACCAUGGAGCCAACAAGUUGAUGAAGCCUACUAUGAAAAUCUAUCUUCUCCAGCAAAUGACGAUAGUUCUGGUAUUCAAGGCUCAAUGCAAUUUCAAUUUCCACCAUUUAAUGUAAAGGAGAAUAACAGUUUACCAUUGACAAACGUGGGUAAAGGACGUAAAUCAUCUCACAACAAUGAUACAAAGAAAAAACAUGGAAAUCCAGGCUCUUACAACAAUUCUAAGCGCGACGAUAACCAGCUAAAUGCUUGGAGUUCCAGAAAACUUUUUACUGAAAGUUCUACGCCCUCUGUUCGGAUCAAUCAAAACAACAAUGGGCAGUCAUUAAAACUGGACAAUCGUACGAGCGAAUCUGUUGAUGAUGUCAAGAUACAUGCAGUAAGUGUUGCGCCAAAAAAGACAACAUGGGCAUCAAUAGCUUCGCAACCAGCAAAGCCAUUAUCAAAAACCAUAUAUACUGCUUCCAGCCAUAAAAAGAAGGGUCCGGGCAUGCCACCACCCCCAAUGGUACCGGGGAAACAUAAUUUAGAUGUUAAUGUAUGGGAAUUGCCAAACAGUAAUCCACCGCCAGUACCAUCCCCGCCUUUACCAAUUGAUUUGUCCUGUUCGGAGCAUAAUUUUUCUGUAACGACGAGCGAAGAACCAUCUCCAGGUACACGUCCUGAAAAAGACGAAUGCCACAGGUUGCCCAGCAACAGUAAUUUUGGCAACGUUAAACCUUCUCCGAAUGGUCAGCAUCGCAAAAACUGGGUUGCACAGCAGCCAGCUCAUCACCAAGAAACGCGACAAGCUAGCAGCACCUCUGUGCAAAUUAAUCGGCGAACAACGCCAAUCGAAACACAGAAUAGAUUUAACGAUCGUAAAGGAAAUUUUUCUCGUAGUGAUUUUGACAAAAACCUAAAGUAUGAAAAUCGGGAUGAAAAUAUUCCGCUUGUUGCACAAAGUGCGUCUGUACCUACAGAGGUGACUGCUGACCCGCAAAUAUUAUUGGACGAAUUGAAAGACAAGAAUAAUUAUAACCCUUCAGAUAUUGAUUUAGAUAAAGCAACAACCGCACGAUUUUUUGUCAUAAAGUCUUAUUCUGAAGAUGACAUUCAUCGCAGUAUAAAAUACGAGAUCUGGUGCUCAACAGAUCAUGGUAAUAAGCGCUUGGAUGAUGCGUUUAAAGAACGGCAGAAAGAAGGCGGCAAUGUUUUGCUAUUCUUUUCGGUAAAUAAGUCUGGCUACUUUUCUGGCAUGGCACAAAUGAUGACUUCUGUGGAUUAUAACUCAACAUCCAGCGUUUGGUCGCAAGACAAAUGGAAGGGGAAGUUUAAAGUAAAAUGGAUAUAUGUAAAAGACGUGCCUAAUGGAGAGCUUCGACAUAUUCGACUCGAAAACAAUGACAAUAAAUCAGUGACGCACUCAAGAGAUACACAGGAGAUACCAAAUACCAAGGGCAUUGAGGUGUUGCAAAUAUUACACUCCUAUAGACAUUCAACAUCCAUUUUCGAUGAUUUUUCCCAUUACGAGAAGAAACAAGAAGAGGAAGUCUCAUCGAAGCGACAAACGAUUCAUGUUGCAGAUGCCAAUAGCCAAGCUCAAGUACCAAUCAACAGACAUUAUAUCCGUGAUAAUGAAGAUAGAGAAAGGGAACGAGAUGUCCGAGACAGUCGCAGCUUAACCAUUAAUAUGACUCAAAAGAAUUUUUUCACCGGUGGAAAUAAUUUCCGUGACCGGAAUCCGAUUCAUAAAAGUGGCAACGUAUCUGGUAACUAUCACAGUAGUUAUAGCGACUAUCGAAGGGGUUUUGAUUGUCAGCGAACAUUAAGCGGCGAUUAUGUAUCAAAGGAUAGGGAAAAUGUGCAAAAUGAUAGAGAAAAUCAUUUUGGAGCUCGCCAUGUGUCUAACAAUAGAAGAGACGACCAUCCACACAGCCAUUCAACUAAAACCAGAAUAAAUAAGAGGGAUUUCAAUGAACAAAUGAAAAGUGACGUCCGAUUUAGAACUGAACUGUCAACAUCAAGGGAUUUACCAAAAGCAAAUGAAAAUGAUAGAAUGCGAAACAAUGACUAUUAAGGACUGAGCUGCGGGAAAAAACAAAUUUGAUUGAUGUCUGACGGACGUUAUAUAGAAUCCUCAUGCAUGUGUGCACCUAAGAUUCGCUGAUUUCAUGUUUAAGAUUUUUUAAAAAAUUGUGUGUACAAGCAGUAAAUCAGAAAGAUAAAAUUAAGCUGAAAAUAAAGCCAACAACCGAUAAUUAGGUUUAACUACA